ACUGGAGUGAGAGGAAUGUUUUACAAUACAUGGACACGUAUUAGACUCAUUAAAUUAAGUAAAUUCACUUCAACAAAUGAAUCACUUCAACUGGUGUGCUCCAAGAGACAACAACAUCAUCAUGAAGGUUCUCAUAUGCGCUGUUAUUCUUCUGCUCGUUUUCGCAUCAGUCAUUGAUGCCAAAAAGAAGAGAGGGAAGAACCCUGUAUGCAAGAAAGCUGAUAUCACUAAACUUGAAGGCACGCUGAAUUCUGAUUUCACUGAACUUGAGAAUACGCUGGUGUCUGAUAUUGUUGCACUCAAGGUUUUUUUCUUCCGGGAAAUUAUCAAGCUUGAGGUGAAACUGCUUGCCAAAUUUGAAGAACUUAAAGAGCAUCAAUGCUGUACCAAAGGUAGGGAUGGCAAUGAUGAAAUGGCUACUACACCGCCUGCCGAGUGAUAGACAUCAACAUAUACCCCAUGUAAAUCACAAUCAAUGGACCCUUUGUUCAGGAUAACUAAUUUAACGUUUUUUUCAAUGCAUUCUUUCUCAUGUGAAAAUCAAAAAUGUGAAAAAUAAAUUUCAAAGUGGACUCAAAGCUGUAA